UUAAACUUGUUUAUACAUCAAAAUUAAUUAAUUAUUCUGUUUCAUAUCAAUCAAGAUAUGCACUUGCAAUUUUAUAUAAUAAUGAAGGAAUUUGUGAAAUAUUAAGAAUAGCAUGUCAAAUUGAGAAACAUAAUGCUGAGUGUGCAUUUACUUUACAGAAUUUAUGUAAUGAGCUUGAUUCUUUUGAUUGGGAUCAAGAACUCAUAGCUUAUGGUAAAAAAACCCAAGAACAAAUUGGAUCUAACAGUUUUCAACCUUCAUUUUCUACACUUAUUCCUGAUUUCAAUGAAAAAAACAAAUGUAUUGCAUGUCAUUCAUUUCCAAAGUGUACUGCUAGAGGUCUUUGUCAAAUUAUGUGUAAAUCAGUACUUGAAGGAAUCUUUCAAUUUUCAGAGUUUCAGAAUGGGCAAAAAGAAGCAAUACAAUCGUUUAUCCAAAAUAAAGAUACUUUUGUUCUGAAACAAACGGGAGGUGGCAAAAUAGAUGAUCAAGUAUCUGAAUUAAUCAAAGUAGGAAUAUCUUGUUGUGGUCUCUAUGCAUCAACAGCACAACCAAUACAUUAUCAACAAAAAAUCGAGAACAUUUUAGCUGUACCAAUUUUAUUGUUAACAGCUACAUGUCGAAUUGUUGAUACACAAGAAAUUGCAUUACGUCUUGGAAUAGAUUAUCAGCAAAUGUUAUUGGUUCGGGAUAAUAAUUUUGAAAAAUUCAAUUAUUUUUCAAGUACAAAAAAAAGACAAUUUUUAAAUGAUAUUUUAAAAAUUAUUAAUGAAAUCGAAGUUGGAAAAUCUAAAGAAAAAUCCAAUGCACUUUUAUUGUGGAAAAUGGGAAAGAUUCGAAUAAUUGUUGCAACCAAUGCUUUUGGAAAUUUAGUACAAGAAAGUGGACGUGCAGGUCGUGAUGGAUUACCAGCAAAAGCAAUUGUUUUUUUUAAUAGAAAAGAUAUUAAAACAGUUAUGGGAGUUUAUAUGGAAGGACAAGAAAGGCAUACAGUUGAUAAUCCAAUUUACGUUGACAUUCAAUCAGAUAUGAAAAAAAUGUUAGAAGUUAUAGACGAAAUUACUAAAACUGAAUAUCAAAUUACUAGAAAUAAUAUUAUAGAUGUAUUUAGGCAAUCACAAGCGAAGGAUGUUAAAGAUAAAUUUGAUGAUUUGAUAUUACGUAAAUUAGUUGAAGAUGAUAUCAUAUUGAAUAGGUCUUCAACCGGUCAAACUUAUUCUUGCAGUAUAUUUAUUUUUGGUAUUGUUGAAAAUGCAUUAGAAAAAGCUAACGGGCAAAAUUGA